AUGAGCAAAGCGUUGAACCAAAUUUCUAAGUCGACCUUCACACGCAGGAUUGAAGGAGCAACUCUUCCUCGACAUUUCCAUCAGCCAGCAUUCACCAUCUACAAUGGACGGACGAACCCGAUGGAGCAUGUGAGCCAUUUCAGUCAGAGAAUGGCUGUCCAUUCUAAGGACGAAACCUUGAUGUGCAAGGUGUUUCCAUCCAGUCUGGGACCCGUUGCGAUGAGAUGGUUUGACGACCUAAAAGCAGAUUCCAUAUAUUCCUUCAAGGAGCUCAAUCGGGCAUUUGGCUCUCGUUUUAUUAUGUGCACUAGAGUCCCUCGGUCCAUUGAUUCCCUAUUAUCCUUAUCCAUGCGAGGGGGGGAGAUUCUGAAGACGUACUCGGACUUAUACUGGGAAAUGUUUAACGAGAUUGAUGGUGACUUUGAUGACGUGGCCAUCAACACCUUCAAGGCCAGCCUUCCAGCCGAGCAAGGUUUAAGGAAGUCUUUGACUGGCAAACCUGUCACUAGUGUGCGCCAACUUAUGGAUCGGAUUGAUAAGUACAAGAGGGUUGAGGAAGACCAGCAGUUGGGGAAAGGAAAAGCUAAGGUUAUCCCUCAGGAGAUGACGGAUUUCAGGUUGGAUCGAUACAACAAUAACAACUGGCCUCGGAGAGACUUUGUUUGGCAAUCAGGGCCUGUUAAUACUUAG